UUGUUUGUGUUCCAGCGGUGAUGGAAACCUGCAGAGAGGAGCAGCGAGGAGCAGAGAAGGAGGAGGAGACGCACAACGACCUCAAAGCGAUCAACGGAGCGACGGAGGACGAGAAGCUCCAGAACGGAGACCGAGGAGGAGGAGGAGGAGGAGGAGGAGGAGGAGGAGGAGGAGGAGGAGGAGGAGGAGGAGGAGGAGGAGUCAUGGCAGCUGAAGGAGGAGGCGACCUGUCCUCCAUUAACGCCAUGAUGUCAGCGGUGAUGUCAGCAGGGACCAUCAACGGCGGAGGAGACGGCGGCGGGGAGAGCGGAGUGACCUCGGCCAACUCGUCGGCCGGGCCGUCACCGAGCCCCUCCCCCAGCAAGUCACUGACGGCCGCCAUGAGAGCCCCGCCCAGCCGCAACGCACGCCGCACACAGGACACCAAAGACGACAGCUCAGCUUUUAUUUGUCCGCUGUGUGACAAGAACUGUCAGACACAACACCAGCUCACCAUGCACAUCAGACAGCACAACGCAGACACCGGGGCCACGGACCACUCCUGCAGUAUUUGUGGUAAAUGUCUGAGUUCGGCCUCGUCCCUGGACAGACACAUGCUGGUCCACAGCGGGGAGCGUCCCUAUAAGUGUAACAUCUGUGGACAGACCUUCACCACCAACGGCAACAUGCACAGACAUAUGAAGAUCCAUGAGAAGGACCCGGCCAGCCUGCUCCCCGUCAGCCCCCCCUCCCCCACCAAACGGCGCCGCCCGUCGGUGAAGCGGCGGCACGGCCCGGAGGACGAGAACGGGGAGGAGCCGCCCAGCAAGAAGGUGGUGGAGGACGCGGCGGCGGCGGCGGACAGCGUGGCGGUGGUUCACGGCGGCGAGGAGGAGCUGCUGCCGUGUCCAAUCUGCUUCAAGACCUGCAACUCUAGACUGGAGCUGGACGCACACAUGGACACACACCCCGACACCGCACUCAGGUGUGACCUGUGCUGCCUGUCGUUCCGGACUCACCGCGGUAUGCUGCGUCACAACGCCGGCGUCCAUAAGCUCCUCCCCCAGGACCCCAACGGGAGGCCCUUCAUCCAGAACAACCCCUCCAUCCCCACAGGCUUCAACGACCUCGCCUUCAUAGACUUCUCCUGCAAGAAGUUCGCUCACAUCGCUCAGGUCUGGUGUGAGACAAACCUUCGCCGCUGCAUCAGUAAGUUCCACCGCUUCGUCUGUGAUUGCUGCGACAAGGCGUUCCCCCUCCGCUCGGCCCUGGACCUCCACAAAACCACCUCCCACCCCGAGAAACCCGCCACCGAGACACAGGAAGUGGAGGAGCAGGAGGAGGAGGAAGAGGAGGAGGAGGAGGAGGAGGCUGCAGAGAACGGCGUGGAGAACGGCGGUCUGCAGGCGGAGAAGGAAGUCCCGCCCUCGGAGCAGGCCGGCUUCCUGCAGGCUCUGGGCCUGCAGCACGUCUCCAAGGUGAAGUCCGGUCCCUCAGACGAUGAGAUCCACCAGGCUCACCUGGACAGCAUCAAGGUGAUCCACGUGGAGCCGCCCUCCUCCAGCCUGCCCCAGGAGCCGGCCUCCGCCUACCUGUCUGGGGGUCUGGGUCUGGCCCUGGGGCUGGGGGUGGGGGGCCUGGCGGCCCUCAGCAUCCCUCUGCUGGAGGCGUCGGGGGGCCCGGGGCUGCAGGGCCUGUCCCAGAGGGACGCCCUCAGCCUGCUGUCCCUGCAGCCCUUCCAGACCGGCUUCCUGCUGCAGCCCGACGGGGGCGCCGCCACCGCCAGCGCCGCCUCCUCCGCCGUCAAACCCGGGGAGGCGGGCGGCGCCGGGCUCAUGGAGCUGGCCGACAUCCAGCAGAUCCUCAAGGUGGCGAGCGCGGCGCCCAAUCAGAUGGGACUGACGCUCCCGCCUCUGGCCAAAGCUCCAGGGUUCACCGGGGGGCAAGGAGUCCAGAGCCAGAAGGCGAUGCCUCCGCUGAAGCCCAAACCUCCCAUCACGCCUCGCUCCAGCCUCACCGCCACCACCCCGCCCCCCCUCCAGAGCUCCCAGCAGGCCUCACUGGGCUGCAUCAGCCCCAGCCUGCCUCCCCCCGCCCCCUCCCUCUUCAAAACGCCUUCCUCUUCGUCCUCCUCCUCGUCCUCGUCCUCCUCGGCCGGGACGGGAGGGCAGCUGGACGCGGAGUGCAUGGGCGACGCCCACACGCCUUUGUCUGAUUCGCCGCCGGCCGCUACCACGGCGGUACACGAGGAGGCGGGGCUUAGCGGGAGGAAGCCGGGAACCAAAGGGGGGAACAACGCCAACGCCGGCUCGGCCAAAGGCUCGUUCCCGUGCCGAUUCUGCGACCAGGUGUUCUCCUUCUCCGGCGUCCUGCAGGCCCACAUGCGCUUCCACCUCGGCAUCCUCCCCCACCAGUGCAACAUCUGCGACUACGUGGCGCCGGACAAAGCCACGCUGAUCCGACACCUGCGGACGCACAGCGGCGAGCGGCCCUACGUCUGCCGCGUCUGCCACUACCCGUUCACCGUCAAGGCCAACUGCGAGCGCCACCUCAGGAAGAAGCACGGCAAGACCUCGAGGAAGGACAUCGAGAAAAACAUCAAGUACGUCACCUCCACCGCCACCGCCAACCUCGCUGCCGCCAUCACCGCUUCCACCACCACCACCACCACCCAGGACACGGAGACGGGCUGCACCGGGGCGGAGACCACGUGCCGGUUCUGCGGCGAGGACCUGAAGACUUACCGGGCGCUGCAGAUCCACCUGCGCACGCACAACGGCUGCCAGAGGAAGCCGUUCGAGUGCCGGCGCUGCGGCGCCGCCUUCCUGGCCAAACGCAACUGCAUCCACCACCUGCUGAAGCAGCACCCCGAGGUGCAGGAGAGGGAGAUCGAACAGCACAUCGCCACGCUCCUCCCCGCCGGGUCGCCCGGCGCCACCGUGGCCACCGUGGCCUCGGCCCGAGCCGCUCCGCUGUCCCAGAUGGCGCUGAACGGGAUCGGCCAGCCUCCGAUGCCGGCGCUCCAGGCGGUGAAGGUGGAGGAGCUGCCCAACAUGGUUUAUCCUGCAGAACUGGACCAGCCGCUGGACUUCUCCGCCAAGAGUCGCGGCUCCGGCAGCCAGGCGGGUUCUCCUGGGGUCAAACUGGAGAGCGUGUCCCCGAGCUUCGACUGCUCCGCCCUGGACCAGCCCAUCGACCUCUCCAUCCCCAGCAAGAGGCAGCGGAGGGAGAUCAAGACGGAGCAGGGCGGCGGCGGCGGCGGCGGCGUGGUGGAGCAGCAGCCUCUCGCUCCGUCCAAGGAGGAGAAGGCGGCGAGCGCCCUGCCUCCGCUGCACCCUCACCCCCAGCUCGGCUGCUACCAGCUCCCGCCUGGCUCCACCCCUCCCCCGGCCUCCCUCCCCAGCUCCUCCCGAGCCCAGCGCCUCAAACCGCUGCUCCCCAAACCCUCCUCCUCCUGCUCCUCCUCCUCGCCCUCCUCCGCCCUGAAGGAGCUUCCUCCUCUGGCCUCCAUCGCUCAGAUCAUCCACUCCGUCUCCGGAGCUCCCGACCUGCUGAAGAGAGAAGUUGCCGCUGUCGCGCUGGACGUCAAACCGCCGCCGCCGGCUGCCGCCACCUCCUCUCAGGCCGACACCGCCGCAGAUGCCCCGGGGCCCGCCGCCGCCGCCGCCGUCGUCCUGGAGACGCACAGUGAGGACACGCCUGAGGGAUCCUCCAGGAAGCGGAGCAGGAAGAAGCCUGCUGGCCUGGCGGCGAAGGAGAAGGCGGUGGUGAGCGUGGGCGGCAGCAGCAUCGACCUGGAGUCCAGCGGGGAGUUCGCCAGCGUGGAGAAGAUGUUGGCGACCACCGACGCCAACAAGUUCAGCACCUACCUGCAGACAGGAGCUGCAGACCUGGCAACAAAGAGAGACGAGCGAGGAGCAGGAGGAGCAGCGGAGGAGAAGGAGGGAGGAGUGAAGGAGGAGGUGAAGCCGGUGGCGCCGCAGUCCAAAGGGAAGAAGAACGCUUACUCCAACUCUGUCCAGAAGAUGACCUGCCCCUUCUGCCCCAGAGUGUUCCCCUGGGCCAGCUCGCUGCAGAGACACAUGCUGACACACACAGGUCAGAAACCGUUCCCGUGCCCGAAGUGCGACGCCUUUUUCUCCACCAAAUCCAACUGUGAGCGCCACCUGCUGAGGAAACACGGCGUGACGCACCGAACGCUGCGCCGCAACGGCUCGCUGUCCAAGAAAGACGGAGACGAAGGCUCGCAGGAGAGCGCAGAGAGUCAGUCAGAGACGGAGCAGGCUGCAUCAGAAGCUCAGGACCUCAGCAACACCUCCACCUCCGACUCAGGCCCCGCCCCCAACGCAGAGAGCCCCGCCCCCUCAGACCAACAGGCGCCGGGGUCGGCACAGCAGAGCCCCGCCCACAAACCAAGCCACGGUUGUAGUCCAGCUUCCAGCUGUGCAGAGCAGGAGACAGAAAGCCUGGAGCAGCAGGAGCAGCAGGAGCAGCAGGAGGCGCCAGAGAGCAGAGCAGCACCUCCAGCCACCAGCAGCACCAAGGUGGAGAGUGCAGACGAUGACGACUGCCACAGCAACAAAAGUCUGGACCUGAACUUCGGCAAGAAGUUAAUCGACUUCAAGCUCUCCACGUCGUCAGGACCCGCUCAGGAAGAACCUGCACCCUCCUCCUCCUCCUCCUGCACCUCCUCAUCCUCUACCUCUGCUCCACGAGGAGCGACGGAGAGCCAAGAGAAGGAGAAAAGUGCUUCAACCACCUCCUCCUCCUCUUCCUCCUCCAGCAGCCCCGCGGUGAAGCAGCAGCCGGACUACAAACACGUUUGUCGAGUUUGUAAGAAGAGUUUCCGCUACGCCACCACGCUCGCUCGCCACGAGAGGGCGCACCUCUCCGAGGAGACGCCGACCCCGGCGCCAAACCCGGUGGAGGAGAACCCGCCGGUGAAGGAGGAGGUGACGGAGAGCAGCACCGCCAAACCCACAGAGGUGGAGGAGGAGGAUGAGGACGAGGAAGAUGAGGAGGAGAUGAAGGACAGUGAGGUGGCGGAGGCGGAGGAAGCAGGAGGGAGGGGAGGGGAGAGCGAGGGAGGAGACAGCGGAGAGUCGGAGGAGGAGGAGAAGGAGAAGGAGGAGAGGAGCGACGAGGAGGCGUCAGAACCAAAGAGUCUAGAGGGAGGAGAGGCGUCAGGAAGACGAGUUGACAAGAGGAAGAAGAUCUGUAACGUGUGCGGGAAAAGAUUCUGGUCUCUGCAGGACCUGACCAGACACAUGAGGUCACACACAGGUGAGCGGCCCUACCAGUGUCAGACCUGCGAGAGGACUUUCACCCUGAAGCACAGCCUGGUCCGCCACCAAAGGAUCCACCUGAAGCCCCGCGGCGCCGACGGAGCCUCGGCCGCCAAUGACGACGCCAGCGAGGACGGAGACUCCUGCACCCAGACCCCGCCCUCCACCUGCCCGCCCUCGGAGAACGAGAGCGAGUGUGGCAGCGGCGGCGCCGCCGGGGGCAAGGAGCUGGAGGAGGAGGACGCAAAGGAGGAGGGCGAGGAGGGCGAUGCAGCGGAACCGGCCACGUCGGAGGAAGAAAGUCCCACAAAACGAGCCGAUUCGGGGGCAGAUUCAGAACCAGCGACUACCGUCGUCGCUUCUGAAGAGCCGGACACCGACGGGAAAUCUGAACUUUCUGCAGAAGCCGAAACGACCCCCAGCCAACAAGCUACUGACACAAAGACAACUACUAGCGACGGCGACUUGAAAUCGGCGCCGGACUCAAACCUCUCCAAAGACCCCUCCCCCUCAUCCUCCAGCUCCCUGCCAGAAGAGUCCGUGGCAGCUGCCCCCGCAGAGGGCUUAAUCCAGGGGCUGCUGGAGAUCCACGCCAAGCCCCCUCUGGAGCACAUCCUGCCCAACGGAGAGCCUCCUCUGGUGGGGGCAGACUGAGGGGAACCCUCCCCCCCCUGGCUGUCUAAACCAACGUCACCAUAGUGCCAUACGACGGGAAAAGACGCUACACCAUUGAUGAUGCAAAAACCAGCCCGGAAAACUUUUUUUGAUAGAAAGACGAAAACCUCGUUUUCUUGAAGUGCCUUACUACUAGUCCUACUUCUAAGAGAUGUUUUUUGCUAUAUCUUUAUCUGCAUUAUUACGGAGGAUGGAUCUAAUUUUUAUAGCUUUUUAUGAUGACAAUGAUUUGCAUUACUAUUUUUUUGUGCGGGGAAAUCUAUAUUUCAGCAAUAAAAAAGAAUAAAGUUAUGAUUUAUUAUUGUUCUAGAUUCUGUUUGAGAAUUAAUGAUCAACUUAGGAGACGCAGAGGGACAGACAAAGACUGAGAUGGACUGUCUGUCUUUGUUCUUCUGUAUUUAAAUCGCAGCCUGGCUCCGGCCACACAGCAGAGACUGGACAAUCUCAUUUUAAGAUUUGAACCAGUUUUGGAUUUGAGAGCGGACUUGUCACGUCGGGGAACUUUUCUUGUCCGCCAGCCACAGCGGCUUACCAAAAUUCACCAGCCACUUCUCCUGCCUGGCCAGCCGUUUAGAUAUUUCGGGGUAAAAUCAAACAUUGGAGAGGUGAUGGAUGGCUGGUCGGCUGUCAAAGUGGCUGGUUGAACACACCAGCAGAGUUAUUAUGACUUCCAUCGGUGGCUGGUGGUCGACAAAGGAAGCUUUUUGUAACUGGAAAACGCAGGAAAAGUCGGCACUUCGUUGGCUCUUUCUGCUCGCUUCCGCACCGAACCCCCGUCUCUCAGCCGGCUCACAAAACACACAGAAACAUUUACGAACUUUUCAAAGUCGCUUCAGAUUUCUGUCUGGAAAAAGAACUCUCGAAAGGGCAGAUAUAGUGUUGAUCAGUUUGUGUUCUCUGUGUUUUUUCUUUAAAAACCCAUCACACUAUUGAUCCCUUUAUCCCUUAAAGCCACCUGUGAGUUGGUUUGUGUGUUAAUAAUUUCUCAUUCAUAAUCAUUCUCAGUUGAUUCCAUGUGUGUACAGAGAGUUGAACAUGUGGCACGUGAUGCUAGAGUAUUUUCUUUUUUUUCUGCGUGUGUGCGAUUAUCAGUGAUAUUUAGGUGUAGGGAGGGGAAUUCUUGUGUUUUGUGGAUUUUUUUUUUUAUAACUGAACAAAUCAUUUUUUUUGUGUGUACGAAUGUGUGUGACUCCCACCUGUCUCUCAUCAGCGCCCCCUAGUGUUCACUUAGGGUUAAUUGCAGGGCCUCUAGCGUGCUAACGUAUUUCCGCGGCUAACGCGUUACCAAGGUUCAGUUUACCUCAACUUCUGCUUUUUAACUGCAACCAUUUCAACAACAGAUGAGCAGCUCUGUAGGCAACCCUUUAAAUCCUACGUCUUCCUAAACAGGGCUAGCAGGUUUAAUUUCCUGCUAGCCUGGUUUCCACUCUGGGCCAAAUCACAAUUAGCCAGGGCUAACCUGUUAGCUUCGCUUCAAACUGGCUUCAAACUUCGGUCAGCUUGCACAAUGGCCCUAACUUACCAAGGCAGAAAUAGCAAGGGCUAAGCUAGCCUGGUUUUCGCAAUGAGCCUUCACAUUCACAAGAAAUACAACGCAUCGUCUUUAACCAGCUUCUAAAAAAAGACUCUUUGGAAGCUGUAGUUAUUCGCCUGGCUUAACAGAAAUCAGCCACAGGGUCGAACUCAAACAUGCUAAUGCUAAGCUACCAAUCUGCUGAUGUCUUAACUUGGUUAAGUUCUUUUGAACGGUCGGUUAGCCUUGCUAGCUUCUCAGCUCAUCAUCAGCCUUAUCUUUGCACAGUGGGCCCUUAUAUUGAACUGGCACAAAAUGCUAACAAGGGCUAAGUGACAAACUGGUUGACCCAGCUAAUUUUAGCUGUGUUAACCAGUUUGGAAUGAUGUUAUUAUCAUUAGCUUGAGCUCUGCUAAGCAUGCUAAGUAGGGCUAACUUACCACAACAGACAUCUUAAGCGAACUAAUAAAAGUUAGCCCAUUUAACUGUUUGGUAUGGUCUGUUAGCUCAAGCUAGCUCUAACUAUUAACUGCAACUUGCCUAGUGAGCUCUACGACAUCAAUCACAGGGUAUAAACACGUGCUAGCUCGAGCUAACUGACCAGACCGGACAACUUAACAAAGCUAAUGUUAGUUUACCCCGUUUAACCAGUUUGAUGCGGUCAGUUAGUCUUUAAUCUUUAGCCUGAGCUUUGCACAACAUGCUAACUAGGGCUAACUGACCAGACCAGACAAGUUAAUCAAGCUAACGUAUGGCUAAGUUGGUUAACCGCCCUUGGUAGGUCUAGUUAGUCUCCUUCCAGUAUUAUCUUCGUGUCUUGAGUUGGCCCUCGAUCUCUUCAGUACUGUCUGUCCUUAUUUAGCUCUGUCUCCUCCGAUGUGAGAGUCAAUUUGAGGGCUUCCCUCUCUUACAGACAAUCAGUUGUUAUUUUCAAAUGGAAAAAAACAAUUUUUUUAAAGGUAAACCUCUCAGUUGAGUCUCAGUAAGAUUUCUGAAAGGGUGAAAGGGAUGGAUGGUUGGAUGGAUGGAUGGAUGGAUGGAUGGGCAGAUAUCCGGUGGAUGGAUGGGCAGGUUGGGUGGGAGGUGUUCCUGAACUGUAUUUCCCUGCUGCACACAGAAACAAACACAAGUUAAAGGGCUAAUUCCCCCCGCACCCACCCACCCAACCGGACAUUUCCACAACAGAACAGGGUGGGGUGUAGUUCUGAUCACUUAUUGAUCCUGAUAUGACCAGAGGGGACGGGUAGUGUGUAUGUGCAUUUUCUUUGUUGUGUGAAGAUGAAUAUAGCUAAUUUUUCUUCUUGUACAUUUUCGUCUCUGUUUUUUUUUUUUUUUAAUAUAUCAAGCAACCUCAUAAUCAAAAAAAAAAAACGAAUCGAACCUCAGUGGCUCAUAACGGAACUGUAAGGCAGCGGCUGUCGGACACAUAGUCGGUCGAUGAUCGAGAAAUAUUGAACAACCACAACUGGACUGACUGUCUGACUGACUGGACGCUGCUGUGAACUGGCACUAACAACUUCCAAAACUACUACUACUACUACUUCUACUACUAGUACUACUACAGUGGAAUAUAGCGACACAAUCAAGAGAGCAGAGAGUGAGAGAGUUUCCACAGUUUGUCGGGGGGAGGGGGUUGAAGUUUUGAGCCUCAGCACUUAGCACGAGAAGUUCCAUUUGGACUUCAAAAUAAAAUAUCAGUUUCUCAUUUACCUUGUGGGCCUUCGAUGCAGUCCAAGGGCAUCCAAAAUCUUGAUGUCGAUCAUCUCUUUCAAUACUUCCUUGCUCUAUCUUGGGAAGCGGUGCAAAAUACAACGUUAAAGGUUGCGGUGGAAGUGAAAACUAAAUGUAUAGAUUUCUUUUUGCAAAAUGAGCAUCUGCGUAAUGAUAUAUCUAGAGUUGCACAUGCAAGAACUCAAGAUUUCGGUCUGAAUUGAAAACAAGUUUCUUCUGUCACACACCUAUUCCCAAUAUUUUGAAUUUUUCAUUGAUUUCCCACCGAUAAAAGACUUGCUGCAUGUCAAAGUUGAACCCGAGUUUCACCAACUAUUGAAAAUUUUGUAUUUAUUGUAACGAAAAAAGCUUUCUCCCCAAAAUAAAUCCGUUCUAACUUUGACGUGUGCUGGAGAAAGCAGGCUGAAUGGCCGUCACACGAAGAAAGCGCUUUCCAUUAAUUAUAAAAAUCUAAAUUAUUUGAUACCGUUGAAAUUCUGAGUUGUUUAUUUAGACUUUUGCCUUUAGUUUAUAUCUGUGAAGAAACUCUUUCUCUCUCCCUCUCUCAACUGUUUUAUGUUUUGUUAGCUCUAUCUGUACAUCCCUCUCCCUUGGGAAUAUGCGUUAACGUACGUCUGACUGGGUGUGUGUGUGUGUGUGUGUGUGUGUGUGCACGGCCAUAUGAAUACUGGACUUCCAUUCGAAUGCACAUGGACUGUUUUUAAAUGUAUUUAUUUGGAGCCCAGGUGUGUGUGUGCGGAUGUGUGUCUGUGUGGGUGUGAGUUAGUUUCUACAAUGACUUGAGAAGAAGCCAUGUAUUAAAAAUAUCACGUUUAUG